AUGGCUUCUUCUUUUUCCGACACCGCCUUGAAUUUGUUACUAUCCUGCGCUAAAGCUAUUGAAGAUGGGGAUCUGAAAAGAGCCGAUGCGUGCCUUCACUACAUCUUGAUUCUUGCUGAUAAGAGACCCUACUCAUAUCAAACCAUAGUGGUGAAAUACUUUGCGGACGCUCUGGUUCGCCGAGCCUACGGACUGCAUCCCGCUUCUUCCUACUUCGCUUUUCCGGUGGAUCCUGCACCAUAUUAUCAUUAUAACAGCUGCCGUAUUAAUGGCGUCAUAAAAAAGGUUAUCGGUUAUGCUUUGAUGGGAAACAGGCGAUUGCAUCUCAUUGAUUUCUCCAUCCCGUAUUACUACAGGUUUCAGAAUUCAGUUCUUCGUACACUACCGAACUUCUUCGGCUAUCCUCUAUCCGUCCGUGUAAGUUACAUACUUCCACCAUUUCUGAAAGAAUAUGUAGAUCUCUCACGCCAAAUGGAGUUUUUGACUAAGGAUGCCGUUAAUGUAAAGUUGGAGGAUGAGUUGAAAGUGGUUUAUGGCAAUAGUUUGGCAGAAGUGGAUGAAUGUGAAAUAGAUUUCAAAAGAAGAAGAGAUGAUGAAAUGGUGGUGGUUUACUAUAAAUUUAAACUUGAGAAGUUGGUAAGAGAUGCAAAAGCAAUGGAGAGAGAGUUGGUAAGAUUGAAGGAGAUAAAUCCGACGAUUGUAAUCAUGCUAGACUUUUAUUCUAAUCAUACCCACUCCAAUUUCUUGACAUGUUUCAAGGAUUCACUUCAGUAUUCCUUGAAGACUGUUGAUUACUGGGCGGAGUUGCACCAUAAUCUUGGUUGUAAGUAUGGGUGGGAGUGCAACAUAGAGGCAGGGGAAGUCGAAUUCCAUUAA